UCACUACAGCUGUCAAGUUACAACCCAGCUCACGGGAAACUAAACACCAUUUACUUACACCACAUCAGACCAUCUGAUCUUCUCCUCAGACAAUACCAGUGAUGUUAAAAUGCCCAAGUUUCUGUUUUCCAAGAUUCGGUUUAGCGAUAUAAAGGAUUUAUUUCCAAAUGUACAACGACCAAGAAGGAUUGAUAUUGUUCUGAGUCAAAGGAGGAGAAACUACAACAUAUGGUCCUCAGGUCAAAAAUCAAAUGGUGAAGCUUGUCCUUCGAACCUCAGGUACUGGAAGACUGACAAUAAACUUGACCUAUCUCUGGAAAAAUGGUUGAAAGAUAAAAGGUACAGAACAGCAUUCCGUUCUUUCCUGGAGUCCGAGUUCAGUGAGGAAAACAUUGAUUUUUGGCUCGCAUGUGAAGACUUUAGGUCAGCUUCAGAUGACCUGAAAUGGAGAGCUGAGGAGAUCUAUGAGGAGUUUAUCAAACCUACAGCAUGCAGAGAGAUAAAUGUAGACCACAGUGUCAGAGAGAAGAUCCAGGAGUCGUUGAAGAAGCCAAGUCGUUGCUGCUUUGAUGAAGCCCAGAAACAUGUCUACCUCCUGAUGCUGAGAGACUCUUGUCCCAGAUUCCUUCACUCAGAUGCUUACCUGAGUUUGAAGCGCAAAUCUAGGACCCAUUGGUACAUUUAGGAGAAAAUAGGUACUGUUCCCAUUUCAGGGGAAAAACACUACGACUCAGUGUCCUGGUACAUUAACAAGACGUGUGUACAAGCUAAAAAUGUUUUAUGUUUGUAAGAAUAUAAAGUCGUUGAAAAGAACAGCUGAAAGAGAGAGGAGUUAUGUGAUGACUAUGUGUAUUGAAGGACAACGACAUGCAUGUUUAUGCCUGUUCAGGGUUGCUUGUAAGUGCUGCAUGUGUUGCUUGAAAGUCUAAGUAUGUCAGGGGAGAUUAUGGAGAACAAUAAAAGAUUAAUGUAUGUAAACAAUGGCAUGACAUUCCUUUGUUUUUUAAAUGAGGGAUUGUUUAGUAUUACAGUUUAUUUCUUAAUGUUGAUUCUUUUCUUCUUUUUUAUUCCUUCUUUUGGAUGCAGACUAUUGACAUUCCAGCAGAGUUUGGGACUUGAGUUUCAGUCAAAUAGCAUGAAGUUGUAAGCACAAGAACUUAAGACUCACCUGAAACAAUGAUCUGGGACUUCUGUCUCCUGAUUAUUUCAUGAUUAGGAGUGAAAAAAAUUCAGUAAAUGUACCUUUCAGUAGAUGGUUCCUGCUCCUCGCUGUUAUCAUGGUGUAUAGACAAACAUGGUUGUCAUUGUGAUGUUACACAAUGAGCAUGGGCUCAAUAGUCAAGUCAAGUUUCUUUUAUAACACAUUGAGGCAUUUCAAACAGCUUUACACCAAAUAAAUAUAAUACAUUAAUUAAUUGUAAAAAAGCAAUAGACAUUACAUUUAGUCAAAUGCCAGCAUAUUGAUAUAUCUUCCAGUUAUUAUGAUUCAUAGGCAACUCUAAAUAGGUGAGUGUGUAGUCUGGAUUUAGAGGAACUCAGUGUUUCAGCUGUUUUGCAGUUUUCUGAAUGCAUUUUAGGACAGAUUAAGCAUAAUGUUUGUCAACGGUACAUAAAAUCUAACGUAGUUAGUUGUAGCUUCUCAGUUAAUUUGUUUUAAAUCAAUGUUCACAGUAAGAUAACAAUAGAAUGAAACUUUGGCUAAGAUUCGCUCAUUAUUGUAUAAAAGGGUGAGCUUGAUUUGUUAGCCAGAAAGUACUGGGCUGUGGGAGAUUAAUGAUUUAAACUGAACUUUAACUUAGAUCACUU